AUGGCUGACCUCAAUUGCUAUAGCUAUUAUAAUGGCGCACGUCACGGCCACUCUUGGCUGGAGGGGCUCUCCUCCGAGGCUACCGGCGAUACUACCAACAUUGAUAAUUACCCUGACUGGCUUAAGCACUACAAAACCGACGAGCAGGAAGGAGACCAUUGCUUAUCCUGCCAUGAGCUACCCAGAGACGAGGCCCGUCAUUGCAAACGCUGCGGCUCGGUCUAUUGCAACACUUCUUGUUCGAAGAAGGCAUCCACGAUUCAUCGAGAGCUUUGCCGCACGUAUACGUCCCUUGCGAAGCAGACGAGGCCUACAACGGACUUCUACAUGGCGCUCCUCUUCCCGGCCUACACCUCGGCUCCUGAUUUGAUCUGGGUCAGAAUGAACGACACAUCGAUAAGCGUUGACCUGGACCACCCAGAGCUUGCUCAGCUGUCGGUGGAAUGCAAUCCUGAUCCCUGGGGUAGCGCCUCUUCGAUUCUCUGCAACGAUCUGCCCUUCAUGCAGAACACCAAGCUCGGCCACGCUCUCACCCUCAUCUCACCUGUAGGCGAAACAACCGAGGGCCUCGAGGACAAGUGGCUCAACAGAAGCGUACGGCGGUACGCGCCACGCCACAAUCUCUACCCUUGGCACGGUCCCUUGAUCUUCGUAAGCUGGCAUGUCGACGAAGACGCACAGUUCCAGAAGCUGUGCGAUAUCUCGAUGCGGGACUACCACCACGCUAUCAAAGUCUUACUUGAAUGGCACGCAAAUCCUUGUGUUCUGUACCCUUCUCGGUUUGGCCCAACCAUCGCCCAUACCAUCGUCAACGCCCAGGAGCCACAGACAGCUCCGAAGACGAAGUCCAUGAAGAAGAGGGAGCGGAGGAAGAAGGCUCAAGCCCGGAGGAAACUUGAAGCUGCUCAAGCCACUGAGGCAAAGGCUUUGACUGCGGAGGAAGACGCUUUCCUCGCCGCGACUCGCGUCCCUUUACCUGAGAGCCCUGUGUCAGAAGCUUCUCAGGACGAUACCGCCGCCCCUGAGGAUAAGGAAGAGCACACUGGUUGUUCGGUCACUCUUGAUGCUGACUCUGAAGUGAAAAUCAUGGUUCAAGACGGCGAAGCUCCUCAAGACAUGAGCAAGAUGAGGCCAGCCAGCUCUGAGCCUGGCACAAAGGUUCUGCAUCCCGAGCCCGACUUGCAUGAAGAUUCACAGCUAUUGCUUCCAGAGAAGCAAGACAACGACAAGUUUGGGGUUCAUGCGACGCAACCCUGCACUCAUGAGGAUAGCAAGAACAGCAAAGGCACUCGGACGGAAGCUCACAAUUGCUCAGACGAAGAACGCGAUGAUGCCGGUCAUCCCGAGCCCGAGCUCACCUUUAAUGACGAGACCGAUACCUCUUCCCCAGGGGAGGUUCCACCGCAUAUCGAUCAUGAGCAACCCGGUCCUCAAACAGAGAAUGAGGUCUACGAGGUACCUUCGCAGGGACCGACAUCGAAGGACCUCAACAAGAUAUGCCAGGCCAGUACCAUCGAUACAUCAUGCUAUACUAUGUCGGAGGAAUCCAGCUUUAGUUCCACCAUGGCGGACGACGACGACGACGACGAUGACGAUACCGAGCCGAGCACCGGACGACAGCAGAAAGGGCGCAAAGACAAGAAGGAUGCUCAGCUUCAUGAGUUGAUGAUACUUUUCGAAAAAAGAGCAAUGAGGAGAUUUGAUGAACUUACCGAAAUGGUGAAAGACCUUUCUAGGAAGGUUGAUGUUCUUCAGAAAGGUCCUGCCAAAGAGGCCUCACCGGACGAGGCGAAGCAAGCGUCGAUAGGAGGCUCCGAAAGUACAGGGCCAAAGGAAGACACAGGGAAUAAGGGCAUGUCUGUUACCUCCACUUUCGCUGAUGAGUCGUCCGAUGCUGUGUCGGACGAAAAAUGGAAGAUCGAUCUCUCUUUACCCGAGAAUACGAAUGAUCAGGCCAUGGAGCAAGCGCAGUCAAACUCGCAAGUCUGGGAGACCGUCGUUCGCAGGAAGAAAAGGGCGCCAGCGAAGACCAAACCAACUAGCGAGAAAAGUAAAGUUCGCGCUUCUUUAAGAGCCUCGUCAAAACCUGCACCAAAAGUUGAUCACACGAAGGCCAACAGUGCUUCGAAGACUGUGUUCAAGGGGCCUUUGAAGACAUCAUGUUCCAUGUCUCGUACCCUGGGAGCCGCAACGACGAGCAACGGGAACUAUGAACGAAUUUGUAAGGACUUAAAGGAAGAGGCGUCAAAGAAACCUGAGCACCAACAGAAGCCUCAACAGGCGAAUGGGACCAAGGAAGCGAAGAAUCUUUCAGAACUCAUUCACGACGAUGCUGUUGAGAAGGCGUUGCCAACACAACCUGAGUCGAGACCUGCGAGCACGCAGAGCUCCCGGUCCACAAGAUCUCAAGUUGGUCCCGAUGAGGGGUCCACUCCAACUGCUAUACCUGUGCAACAUCCUGAGGCUUUGUCUUGGGCUGAAGAAGUAGAACUCUCUAUUCAGCAGCCUGUCACCCAAGGUAGCACUUCUCCAGAGAACGACCUACCUAUAGCGUACCCCAUGAGCGACUCCAAGAGUUGUACUGAGUAUGUCGACUCAUCUUCCUUGUCGGUCGACGAGAGCGCUGCCCAGAACGAUGACAGUGUGGCUGAGGCCUCUAUCGAAUCGUAUCAAGAACCCCCUGAGCAUGUCGACUCAUCUUCCUCGUCUGUCGACGAGAACCCGACCCAGAACGACGACAACGUGGUUGAGGCUCCUGUUGAACCGAUCCAAGAACCCCCUGAGCAUGUCGACUCAUCUUCCUCGUCUGUCGACGAGAACCCGACCCAGAAUGACGACAACGUGGUUGAGGCUCCUGUUGAACCGAUCCAAGAACCCCCUGAGCACGCAGAUUCGGGUAUUCAAACGGUGCAGGUUAUGGUCCAAUCUACGUCAAACUCAACACAGGCCAACGUAGACGACUCUCCGGCUGAAACCUUGGCUGGUGCUCAUGGAAACCUUACAAACGAACUUAGGGACUCUGCGGAGUCUCUAUUCCACGACCCCGAUGCUCGUGCCUUGGUACGACUCCCGCCAGCGGCAGAGCCCGAACAGACGCUCCUGGGUGAGCCCCAGAAGCCUCAGGAUCUCGCCGCUCCACAGUCUCAAGACGUAGACGUGCCCCCCAAGGAGGCUGCUCCUCCUCCUCAACCCAGUGCGGCGAAGAAGCCUCAGUGCUCUCAAAACGGACAACAGCAGUGCGUGCAGCGGCAGGAACCAUUUACUCAGCAGUUCUCUCAACGGCCAAUUGUUCAACAAAAGCAUGAGCAAGGCCAUCGCCAGGGCCCUCGACAGCACACCCGAACGUACCCCCAGCCAUACCCACGGCCGUACCCUCAGCUCUAUGCUCAGCACGUUCAGCCGCAGACCCAGUGUCCGCAACAAUAUCCGUAUCCGAAUGGUCAACAGUACUUUGUAACCUUUCAAGGAGCUCCUCAAGCACAUCAACACUGGCAGCAAGGUCCUCAGCAACACCAACAGUGGGUCGCUCCGCAGUAUCGGAUGCCAUCGUCGGCGCUGGUAGAUCCCACGACUUGCGACCAGCCUGAGCCGAACCAUUACAAUUAUUCGAAUGGUCCUCAACAGCACCAAAAUCACACGACAAGGUAUCCACGACCGCCGCAGCGGGCGUGUACACAUUCUAACCCUCCCGCGCAUCACCACGCGGGUGGCCGAGGCCAAGUCUCGUUGCGGCACGUGCCAGGUCGAGGUAGGGGUUUCAACCCACGAGGCGGUCUCCAUCGAGGACGAGGUCGCGGCCAUGGGGUGAUGGCGCCACACGCCCAGAGUGCAUCUGCGAACACGAACAACGCCACGAAUGAGGUCAAAAAUGAGACGGCUCUCCAGCCUGUCAGCAAGAAUGCCCGUGACUCGGCUGAUAGCAUAGUCGACGAUACGACGGACGAGGCAACCGUCCAAGACAAUGAGGCGUUUUACAACAGAUCGGUCAGUGUGGAAAGCCUGCCACUUUACUUGAAGAGCGAGAGUGAUGAAGAAGAGGCCGAGGAGGAGACGCUUCCAAAGAGAAGCGUGAGUGUAUAG